AUGCAAGUGCGACAUUUCUCCUCGUGUCGAAUCGUCCAGGCCGGCAAAGAGCGGUUUGUGCCCUCCUCGGGAACCUACCCCAAGGGGUUCAAGGUCGGCGGCUUUUUCACCGGCGUGAAGAAAAAUGCCUUCAACAUGGAUCUGGCCAUGCUGUCGUCCGAUAAGCCCUGCAACGCCGCGGCCGUGUUCACCACCAACGUGUUCAAGGCCGCUCCUGUGCAGGUGGACCGAAAGAUCCUCGACGUAACCCAGGGUAAGGGAAUCAAGACCGUGGUGGUCAACUCGGGAUGCGCCAACGCCGUGACUGGAGAGGGAGGUAUCCAUGAUGCCCAGCAGAUGGUCAAGAAAGCCGACCAGGUCUUUGGAUCCGAGAGCGACCUACCUGCCUCGCUUGUCAUGUCCACUGGAGUCAUUGGACAGCGAUUGAAGAUUGAUAAGAUUCUCAAGGGAAUCGAAGAGCACGCCCCUGCCAUGAAGGACGACCAUGAGGCCUGGCUCAACACCGCCAAGGGAAUCUGUACCACCGAUACUUUUCCCAAGCUCAUGUCUCAGCAGUUCAAGAUUGGAGAUAAUACUUACACUAUUGCUGGUCUGACCAAGGGAGCCGGUAUGAUUCACCCUCGAAUGGCCACUCUUUUGGGUUUCUUUGCUACUGACGCUCCCGUGUCUGCCUCUGCUCUCGGAGUUGCUCUCAAGCAUGCCGCUGACCGAUCUUUCAAUGCUAUCUCUGUCGACGGAGACACUUCCACUAACGAUACCAUUGUCUGUCUGGCCAACGGAGCCGCUGGAGGUCCCGAAAUCACCGAGACCUCUGCCUCCUUUCCUGUUUUCCAGGACAUCCUCACUGACUUCUCUUCUCGACUCUCCCAGCUCGUUGUCAGGGACGGAGAGGGAGCCACCAAGUUUGUCAAGAUUUCUGUGAACGACGCUGUUUCCGAGCAGGAGGCUGCCAAGGUGGCCGAGACUGUGGCUUGCUCUCCUCUCGUCAAGACUGCCCUCUACGGCAAGGACGCCAACUGGGGCCGAAUCCUGUGUGCCGUUGGAUACUCUGGAAUGCAGGUCGAGCCCACCAAGACCACUGUUUCUUUCAUGCCCACCGACGGCUCUUCCGAGCUCAAGCUGCUGGUCAAUGGUGAGCCCGAGCAGGUCGACGAGGCCCGAGCCUCCGAGAUUCUCGACAUGGAGGACCUGGAGAUCCAGAUCAACCUCGGCACCGGAGGGGGCAAGAACGCCAACUUCUGGACCUGUGAUUUUUCCCACGAGUACGUCACCAUUAACGGAGACUACCGAACCUAG